UUGGACGAACAAGGUUUCGCCGACUUUAAAUAUUCAUGACUUGCUUGGUCAUCAUGGGAAAAAAAUAUCGGCUUCAGUACUUGUAAAAUAUAGCUAGCUAUAUUUGGUAGCUAAACUUUGCCACGGCACAUUUUAACUGAGGCAAAAUGCCUCGUUAUGCGCAGUUAGUUAUGGGCCCAGCGGGUAGCGGUAAGAGCACCUACUGCUCCACCAUGGUCGAGCAUUCACAGUCCAUUAACCGCUCAGUUCAGGUGGUCAAUCUGGACCCAGCAGCUGAGCACUUUGACUAUCCUGUCAUGGCAGACAUCCGUGAGCUUAUCCAGGUGGACGAUGUGAUGGAAGACCAUUCUCUCAGAUUUGGCCCUAAUGGAGGCCUGGUCUUCUGCAUGGAGUACUUUGCUAACAACUUCGAUUGGCUGGAGGAAAGCCUGGGUCAUGUCGAGGAUGACUACAUACUGUUCGAUUGCCCAGGUCAGAUUGAACUUUACACACACCUCCCUGUAAUGAGGCAGUUGGUGGAGCAGCUCCAGCAGUGGGAGUUUCGAGUGUGUGGAGUCUUUCUGGUAGACUCCCAGUUCAUGGUGGAGUCUUUCAAGUUCAUCUCAGGAGUCAUGGCUGCUCUGAGUGCCAUGGUGUCAUUAGAGAUCCCUCAAGUAAACAUCAUGACAAAAAUGGACCUGCUUAGUCCCAAAGCCAAGAAGGAAAUUGAAAAGUACCUGGACCCAGACAUGUAUUCAAUGAUGGAAGAUAACUCAGAUACCAUCAGGAGCACAAAGUUCAAGAAGUUGACUCAAGCCAUCUGUGGUCUGAUUGAUGACUACAGUAUGGUGAGAUUCCUUCCCUUUGACCGCACAGAUGAGGAAGGUAUUAACAUAGUAUUGCAACACAUUGACUUCUCUAUACAGUAUGGAGAGGACCUGGAGUUCAAGGAACCAAAGGAGGUUGAUGAAGAGUCUGCUAACCUAAAUUAUGAUGAGAUUUUUCAAGACAAAGUGGACAGUUGAGGAGUAAUGUGACUCCAAAAAAGGACUUGUCAGAGUUUUAAUAAAACAUUUAAGGCUGAUGAAGAUACGAGAUUUGCGAUAUCAAACCCAUAUGGAGACCUAUGGAGGCUGUAAGGACACUGAGGAAGGGACAUGAGGAAGCACACUCUCCAAACAUCAUCACUUAUCUUAUGUGAUAAAAGUUUUCCUUUUUAUAUGCUUUUCUGAUAAAUUGUGAUUUCAUCCCAUUCAUGUUUCAUUAUUUCAAGACAAUGGUCAAGUUUUAAAGAGUUGUUAUUAAAUCAAUGUAUUACUUAUAUAUUUUUAAAUAAAAGAAAUACAAAAACUUGA